UUGAACGUUACGAGAUGAACCUACAGGAGCCACAGUUUUCCCUCCAAAAAUGUUGAAACAUCAAUAUUAUUAAUCAUUUUCGUCCAGUUUAAUCCUCCAAAGUGUUUAAUUAAGUUAGAACUGAAUUUUCGAUUAACUUGGAGUAAAUACAACAACAAUUGAAAAUUACCGAAAAUGAGUCGAAAUGCGUCGUCACAGGCUAAACAAUGGGUGGCUGCUAUACAGGCGAACGAAUUCACAAAAGUCCAAAGAGAAAUAGAGAAUUACCGAUUCGAAGAUAAAGCCAGCCAGGUCAAAACCCUCCUGAGACUCCUAAUCUACCUCUGCCAAACAGCCACAAAAUGUCCAGCAACAAAUCACCAAACAGGCUACGAAAUAUCAGACUUAUCAGAAGCAAUCUGCAAGGAUCUCGCCCCAAUCCCCACCACAUCCGACUACUUCUGCAGUCUCUACCACAUAGUCCGAGUUCUCCUAGGCAUGAAGCUCUUCGAGAGAGCCAUGACGAUCGCCAACUACCUUAUGCCGACCUCCACCUGGCACCACCAGAUUCUCGACGAGUGUAAAAACCCCAACGACAACUACACAAAGCUCGGUUCAAUCUUCUUCGUCUCAAUCGACAAAUUCCUGAGAUCGAAGAAGCCAGGCUCUCUGACUCCCCCCACCUUCCAGCAAAUCCUCACAGUCAUCAAGUACCAACUGAACAUAGAAGAGUUCAUUAAAUCCGAUGGCUCCAAGUCCCUCUUGCUGAAGCUUCUGCAUUACACAGAGUUCCUGAAACACCUGCAGUGCUCGAAAGAAGAAUUCGACGAUUUCACUGACAAGUUCUUCCUCAAGUCCCUGAGCUCCACAGACCUCCAGUUGGGCGAUCGAAACAGAUUCUCAACCUACGACAACUUCACAAAAAUCGUCUCCACACUAUCCCUCCACUAUAUAAAGAGCAAAAGGCUAGAAACCCUGAGAAAAAUCCUCAAGAAAUUGCUGAAGAACUUUGACAGCUGCAUGUUGGAGAGUCGUGAGUCGUCGAAAUGUCACCAGAUCCUCAAGGACUUCAGCAAAAUCUUCGUCAGACCCCAGACGAACUUCACCAAAAACGAUGCCGAGGAGAUAGUCGAGCUCGCCCGAAAAUUCCAAGUGCACAUUGUGAGCUACGGUGAGAACAGCCUCAUAAAAUCCAACUUCUACGCAACUGCCUCAAUCCUAGAGGCGCUGUUCGCCCUCUGGAGUGAGUCUCCCCAGAGCAGCUUCGACCACCUGAGUCCCGAGGUGAUCACCACCACAGCAAGCCUCGUGAACUACCUCUCAGAGAUCAUUAGGAACUACCAAGUGGAUUCCCUCUGUAGAUGUGGCAGUAAAAACUGUCUGGUCCUCCAGGACAAGCUGAAGUCGUGCCAGUUGAAGUCGAAAAUAGUGCUCCUGCUGUACCGACUCUGUCCCAAGUCAGAAUUGCCUCCAGAAUUCUUUGAGCUGUUCUUGAAAGUCUCUUCCCAGUGUGUGGACCUCCUCCAGGACCUCCAGGAGAAGAACUGCGAGAAGUGGAAGGAGCACUGGUUCAGCCUAGCAGCUUCGAUCUACAACUUCUCCCUGACCUUCAGCUCAAGUCAUUACGAGAAGAGCCUGGAGGUUUGCACGUUCCUAGCCAGCAGCAUUAUCAGGCUGAAAGCCACUGACGAGGACAAGUUAUUCUUCCAGUCGACUCCAACGCCUCCACUGUCCCUAGCCCUCCACAGAAUCAGCAACAUGUGCUAUGGGAGCAGUCAGUUCCACGAGGCUAGGAUCUUCACUGCCAUCAACGUGUACCUGCACCCGAGGCACCCAGAGUGCAAGGGCUAUCGUAACUGGUCCUUCAUUCACUACAAGGAUCCAUCCUCCAGAGGACUGACCCUUGUGGAGUUCCUCUGGAAGCAUUCAGACGAUCUGAGGGUUCUGGGUCUGGGCCCUAUCAGACUGAAGAACGAAGAGCUGAAGGACAUCUGCCUCAGGGAGAUAAAAUCCCACAUUGGAAUGAGUCUGGACCUCUCUGAGUCCAUCCUCGCUGUCUUGAAUACCCUCGAAACCCUGAAUGCCGAUGCCAUCAAUUAUGGAACAGCUGUGCAUCAGCUGGGGCACCACUCCCUGCUCUUCCAAUCGAAGAUCUCGCUCGCUGAUCAUCUGAGGAAAGCCAUCGAGAAAUUAAAGUCCCUGAAGCUUGACAGGGCUAGUCUCGAGCACGUUCAGUACCUCCUCUCCCACUUAACUCUUUACGAGGCUCUUGAGGAGAUCAGAUCCCUCGAAGAGGCCACGAAAACCGAGAUGAAGAACGCGAACAUCAAGCUUUAUGCAUCAUCCACGAAUGGCAUCAGCUCCACAGGAUCCAACGUCGUUCCAGGAUUCAGUAAGAUAAACAUUACGACUGCGAAGACACUUGCUUCAAGACUAGAGGACAUCUACAAUUUAUGGAAGAAGUCGUUCACCCCAGACUCAGUGGCUAAAUGGAACUCCUUCGAUGGAACUUCAACAGUCAAAGCUGUCAUAGUGGCUGGAGAAUACUCUCGAUUCUAUCGUUACAAAGAUCUUGAGAUUAAAUUCUGGAGGAUGGGGUAUGACCUCGCAGUGAAAACCGACAACUUCGAGGCUGUCGUGUACAUCACAGGUCGCAGUGUGAUGUCUCGGUACAUCAGAGACGACUGGAUAAAGAAUGCAGAAGAGAUCAUUGCGAGUAACUUGGUCAACUCGAAGGAGUCGAAGGUGCCAGCAGUCAUCUCGAUGUUCAAGAUGAGUCUGGCAGACUAUUACUACUACAUCGGAAGGACUGGAGAGGCUGACAAGCUCUUCGACGAGGGGAUUACUGCAGCACCUCUUAAUCUGAGUGAAAACUGUGGGACGUUUAUUUUCAGUCAGCACAUCGCCCUGGCCCACCGCUUCCACAAUUACCCACCCGAGAAGAGGAACAAUCUCGAAUACACUGGAAUUAUCGCCCACACCCUCUACACAAUGCUCCUGAUCGACGACACAGCGGGUGACCUCAAGGACCUCUCGUGGAGUCUCUACGAAAUGGACAUGCUCCUGGAGGUCUCCUGCAACGUCUCCAUCCGGAUGAACGCCCUCUUCUCGUUUCGAGAGAUCACAGCUCAUCUGGCUAGACGUCUCAAGGUCUGCCAGCCCAAGAUGUCAGUCCUCAGGGUCGCUGAGAUGCUCAAGUACCUCUGCUUGAUAGACCUGUCGAGGAAUCAACUGGAGGACUGUGAGGUCAAGCUCCAGGGGAUGGAGUUCAUCCUGCAGAUGGAGAUGUUCGAGGGCUCCAUGCAGAGGGAAUUCAUGAAGAUCCCUGAUUCGUCGGCAUUCACGAGUACUGUCUCACCCCAUCGAGGCGUGGAGCCCAUCAGGGACAUCCCCCAGAACGACUCCUCACCCAUUCUGAGACGAGAAAAAUUCGCAACCCCUGACUUCGUCAGCCAUGAGCACAAGUGCAGGUGCUUCAGGUGUGGCAACGAGGCUUAUAAAUUUCUUGUUUUCUCUUGCACUCACAUCAGGGCUCAGCUGUACAGUCUUCAGAACCUCAAGCAUUAUGCCAGACAGCAUUUCGAGGGGGCUUUGAACAUCAGUGAGAGAUUGCUGAACCUCUCCAGGAAGGAGGACAACUAUCAGUUUCAGUACGUCAUCGAUUACGUUCUCUUCCUGCUGGACUACGUGAGAUUCCUGAAGAAGGACCCCAGUACUUACGACGAGGGGAGGAGGGUCGUCUGCUGGGCACUGGAGAUCUGCGACAUUUAUAGGCUUGAGUGCCACCCUGUGUACGAGAGCUCGAUGGACAUUGUCGUCGAGUAUAGCUUUGAGAAGGUCUUCCCUGAGGGAUUGCCCAGGUCCAGUCUAGUGAUUCCAGGGGUCAACGACAUUGAUAUUGACGAGUACUUAGAUCCCCAGGUGAAUACUCCUGAUGCUCUGUGUGUCACUCCAGCUAAAGACAGUGGGAACAGCCCCAGGCCCAGGUCGAGGUCUCCUCGGAGGAAUCAGGCUCCAAUUUUAGAUUUCAGCAAAGCCACUGUCGAUGCUGUUGAGAGCGAUCCUGAGGAGUUGAGUCCAGCUCUCGUGGGGCCUGAUAAAAGGAAGAAGAGGGUAGUGACUAGGGUCAAGCCAGUGCGCAGGAAACUCGCUGAAGAUGAUGAUUUUAAUCAGGAUGAGGAGGCGACACCAGGAAAAGAUGCAUCUGGGGGUGAACGUGGGGAUCGAUCGCUCAGGUUCAAGGAGUUGGUUGAUGAGGGGGUUCUAGUGGCUCCGAAUCUGUCUCGCAGGCUUCAUGCUCUCAGGAGGAAGUGGGAGGGUCCAAUCACUGAUGAUGUCCUGCAGAAGUUGAUUGAUGUGUUGGAGGAGGGGAAGAGGGAGUAUGAGAAAUCAAAGAGUAGGGGGAGGAGUCGGAGGGCUUUGGGAAGUGAUGAUAUCUUUUUGAUGAAUGCUCGUGGGGUCGAGAGGAUCGUGGAGGCUGCCAAGGCGAUGAUGGGUGGGGAGACUCGUGGAGGGAGUGGGGAAGCUUCUGGAGCACGUUCUAGGGGCUCCGGCAGUGGGAGAUCCUCCAGGAAGGGGUCGAUUGAUGCUGGUGUGGCUAAAAUUGUUGAAGGGGUUGAGAGAUUGUCUGUCAAAGCUUCUGGUUCGAGGGUUGAUGCAGUUACCAAAGGAGUUGAGAGACUGUCUGUGAAGAGCACUCGGCCUAGGGAUUUGAGUGUCCCAGGGAUUAAGAUUAAUGGGGGGGAGGAUGUUGGGAGUGAUGAUGAAGUUGUGGAGUCCAGUUAUGUUGAGCCUAGACGUUCUCGCAGGCUCGUUGGAAAGGACUCUACUACUGAAACCAAAUUAUCUCGGAAAAGAUUGUAAAUUAGGAGGUAGGGGAUUUAGUAUUUAUCGAGUGAUUGAGAAUUUUUGUACUUUUGUAUUGUAUUUUUUAAGGGUGAAUGUGAAUUAGAUCAUUAAUAUUUGAGAUAUGAUGUAGAAGUUGAGAAUUUUUAUUUACAAUUUUCCGAAUACUUUCUGGUGAACAGCUAAUUGAUGUGUAAUAAUCUCAAGAAAGCGAAUUUAUCAAUUUAGGAGGAAUUUGAGAAGACUGUUCGUGUCUUAUUUGAAUGAUAUGUAAUUAAUUUUGUAUAAAAGUAAAUGGAAAAGUCUCAGGAAUUUAUAGACUUGAGGUAAAUCAAAUGAAGCUAUUAUUAGUUAAUGUCGAUUAUAAUCGAUCGAUCGAUCCUCGAGGAAUAAUUGUUAAUGUAUAUUUAGGAAAUUGAAGCAUGUAUUUUCUGGAAUAAAAAUGUUUUUCAUAUUUC